AUGACAGAUAUCGUCAAUCCUUUUGAGCGGCUUGCCGGCCGCCUAUCGGAAUUCAUCAAUCGCCCAGACCAUCGGGUGAUUUUGCCAGUGACAGCCGUUGCGACGGCGGUGUUUCUGAAUGUCACUGAUGGCUUGUUCAUGGAACGCGCCAUCACAUGGCGCAAUGAAGUCUUCGCAGACACCACGGCCAUGCGCGUUGGCUGGGUAGCGCUCUGUGGUGCAAUCGGGUUUGGGAUCGGGUGGUUUUUCUCGGGCAAACACAAAGCCCUGCGGUCAAUGCUGCUCGGUCUGGUCCUGGGCGUUGUCGGAUUCCUGCUGCUCUUUGAUCACGGGGCCAUGGGCUGGGGCAGCUCAACGUUCCUCUCCGUCGCUGCCUUUAUUGUCGGGCUGGGAUAUUGGAUCAGCGGCGCUGCGUCCGGUCUGGCUGAUCGUCUAUCGCGAACGCCAACCACCUUCGGUGAUUCCAAAUGGGCUGACUAUGCCGAGCUUUACGCCGCCGAUCUGAUUGGCGGUGACGGUUUCCUUGUCGGUUGUGUCCGUGACGAGAGUGGGGAAUGGCAAACAAUUCACUAUGAAGGAGAGCGCCAUAUCGCCACCAUAGCUCCCAAUCGCUCCGGCAAGGGCACCACUUCAAUCAUUCCCAAUCUGCUCAUUCGCGAUAGCUCGGUGGUUGUGAUCGAUCCCAAAGGGGAAAACGCCAUGAUCACGGCCGAGCACCGCCAGGAGGUGUUGGGUCAGGAUGUGUAUGUGGUCGAUCCGUGGGCGAUCACGGGAUUGUCCACGGCUUGCUUCAACCCAAUCGACUGGUUGGUCGCAGGCGAUAUCGAACUGUCCGACAAUGCCAUGUUGCUGGCCGAUGCCAUCAUCAUGACCAUGGGCGAGAACGAGCAGUUCUGGACCGAGGAGGCCAAGGCGCUGCUGCUCGGUAUCAUGCUCUAUGUUGCCACCGCGCCGCAAGAGGAAGGCCAAAGGCAUUUGGGGCGCGUCCGUGACCUGUUGCUGCUUGAUGGCGAUGACUUACGCAAGCUGUUCAUGGCCAUGCUCAAGUCACCCCAUCACGCCGUGCAAUCAACAGGAGCGCGAUGUCUGCAAAAGGACGAUAAGCUCUUGUCCAACGUGAUGGCAUCGGUGCAAGCCCAGACGCAUUUUCUGGAUAGUCCGCGCCUGCGUGAGAAUUUAUCCCGCUCUGACUUUCGCUUUGAAGAUUUGAAAGCAGGCAAAAUGACCAUCUAUCUGGUGCUGCCUGCCGACAAGCUGAACAGCCACGGGCGGUGGCUGCGUCUGCUGAUCCAGCAAGCCCUGACCGUCAAUGCCCGCAACAUCGAGGUGCAGCCGGACAAGCCUGUCCUGUUCAUCCUUGAUGAACUGCCUGCGCUCGGCAAGCUGACCAUGGUCGAGCAAGCCUUUGGGCUGAUGGCGGGUUUUGGCAUGCAACUGCAAGCGGUGAGUCAGGAUGCCAGCCAGCUCAAGCGCAUUUAUGGUGAGGGCUGGGAAAGCUUUAUCGCCAAUGCAGGCGUGAUCCAGUAUUUUGGGUCAAGGGACAGGUUCACGGCGGAGUAUUUUUCGAAGCUGUGCGGUGUAACAACCGUGUGGGACUGGUCAACAGCCUUAGGGCGCUCCGUCGGGAUCACGAGUGGCAGCAAUGGCGGCACCAACAAAGGGACGUCUGACACGGACACAGUAGCCGCCAAACAACGCCAACUGGCAUACCCUGAUCAGUUGAUGCGUAUGCCUAAAGAUAAGCAACUGAUCCUGAUCGAGAACAUGAAUCCGAUCAUGGCAGCCAAACGCAGCUGGCGCGCCACGCCAGAGCUGAAAGACCUUGGCGUCAAUCUGCGGGCUGAUAACGGGGAUCGGUUGUCGGGUGACAGCGGACAGUCGUUGGAAGAUGGCACCACCGCUUGA